UAUAUAUUACAUAAACAUGAUAGAAUAAAUAAAUACAAAAGUAUGCAUAUAGCCACAUAUACAAGUGUUCUUUUGUCUCUUAAUGGAAGAUGGCGGUCAGAUAGGCAGCAUCAGUGACUAGAACCGUCAAAACAGUAGAAGCAUCUGUGGUUGAGCUUUAAGGGGUUAAAACCAUCAAGUACUAUAUUUCUAGAAAGGAUGGGAGGCAAGGAGAAGCACAGCAACUUCCUCUUCCAGAUCACUCAAUGGGCAAAAGGUGGUGUGCAGAGUGGAUCCUGUGCUCUUCCCUGGGUCAAAGCAGCAGCUGGAAGAAAAAGAGGAUGCCAAUAAGAGCACUCUGGACAACUGGGAAUAACAAGCAACUUUGAAAAGGAAAUGAAAUCACGCUAGAAAUCAAAAUAUUUUCCAUUUCCUACAGAAAACACACAAUUCUUCUCCUUACCCAGUAGGUGAGACACAAAGGAGAGAAAAUUAAGAGGAGAUUUUUAGCUGGAAAAUGUGGAGUAUGUGGAACUCAAAGAUACAUUUCAUGAAAAGUCAAAGGAGAUUAUUUUUCCAUUCAGAAAAAGAGGGCAGUGUCUGGAAGUCACAGGGAAAGGUCAAUUGAAUAGCCACAUAGGGCAUACAGUAAUGCAAAUCUUGCCCUGUAAGGAAGGGAACAAUAGCCGCAAUCAAACCACCAUUAAACAAAAUAUCACAAAUGAUGGAAAAGCUCCACUGACAUGCAUAUUGUGGGAAAAGUACAGACUUCAAAUCAUGGCUGAUUAUGCACAAAAUGAUUCACAUUGGAGAAAAUCCACACAAAUACUAUGAAUGUGACAAAAACUUUGAUCAAAACAGCUCCCUUAUGCUUGAUGGAAGGACCAUACAGGAAUGGAGCUUUAGCAUGCACGUCAACUUGGUGAAACACCAGGUGAUUUAUACGAGGCAGAAAUCACACACAGGAGACAAACCCUUUGAAAUUCCUGAUUGUGGAAAAAGUUUUAGUCACAAUUCUAGACUCAUGAAACAUCGGAACACACACACAGGAGUGAAAUUCUUUGAAUGUCCUGAUUGUGGGAAAAGUUUCAUUCAGAAUUAUGACUUGGUAAAACACCAGAGGACACACACAGGAGAGAAACCGUAUCAGUGUCCUGACUGUGGGAAAAGUUUCAGUCAGAAUUCCCACCUGGUGAAUCAUUUUAGUGUGAAUUCUAGUCUGGUGAUUCACCAGAGAACUCACUCAGGAGAGAAACCAUUUGAAUGUCUUGUUUGUUAUAAAAAGUUCAGUCAGAAUUCCAACCUGGUGAUACACCAGAGAACUCACACAGGAGAGAAACCCUUUGAAUGUCCUGAUUGUGGCAAACGUUUCAUUAAAAAUUUCCACCUCACAAGACACCAGAUGACUCACACACGAGAGAAACCUUUCAAAUGUCCUCUCUGUGAACAAUGCUUCAGGCAUAAAUCAUCCCUUAUUGUCCACAAGGAAAUCCACUUGAGUCAAAAGUUGAUGUGUUUAGAGAAGGCUUGAAUUUCAUUUCUGAACUCUCAUUUGGAGUGUAGGCCAGGAAUGUACUAUUUGAAUUCUGGCUAAUGCUUUUUAGUCAAAUACAUC